AUGGAGGAGAAGGCGCUGCAGACGCACAUUACUCUCUUGUUUUACCUGAUCGUCUUGUUCUACCUGAAGAACUUUACCUUUAGCUUUAUGGAUAUGCCGAGGAAGCUCUACAAGUACAUCAAGUUCUACUACUUCUUCCUAAUUGUCCUAACCAUCGUUGGGUUCUUUGGAAGAUUGCUUGUGUUAACUAGAUUAAUUAUUAUUCAACAGAUACAGAAAAUUAUCAACCAUUUUUUUCUGGAGAAUAGAUCCCCUCGCUUAAGGAAUACAAGACGGAAUGGGAGGUUAAGGAGUAUUGAGAGGAACAACGGUGCUCGUGCUCCUUUGGAUAAUGCGCCCGUUAGGGGGGGUAGGUAUGAAGGAAAGGAGGAUUGCAACGGUGGAAACCAUAGGUUUGAUGGGAAGGAGGACAUCAGGGGCGAUGUUUCGGUUAGUAGUGAUGGCAGAGGCAGUAGUGAUGGAAGAGCUAGUAGUGAUGGAAGAGCUAGUAGUGAUGGCAGAGCCAGUAGUGAUGGCAGAGCCAGUAGUGAUGGAAGAGCUAGUAGUGAUGGAAGAGCUAGCAGUGAUGACUCCCUAAGUAACGAUGACAGCAAAAGCAAAGGUGCACGAUGUAGCAGACUAGGCAAUAAGGGAGUGCGCACCAUCCUCAAGUUCAUUCGAAUUAUUCGUAUCAGAAGGAGGAAGUCUGCUGAUGACGGGAAGAGACACGGAAAAAGUGAUUCCCCCGAUGAGGCAGACAGCAGCACCACCUCAGGUGGAAGAAGCAAAUUUUAUGUGAAUAUCGCCGACCGGCGUGAUGAUUGUUCAAGUGAGGACUGCACACCCAGCGCCGGGUCCAGUGCCUCCGAGAUAGAGUCAACUAGUGUGAGGAGUGAACUUAGCAGUGAAGCAGAUUAUCAAGUGAAUGAAGAAAGUCAAAUCAAUGCCCAUAGUUUAGAACAUGAUGAAGAGGAGAAGGACCCAUAUCUGCACAAUUAUCUAACGAAGCAAAACUACCUCCGAUUGUAUACCCUCCUGGUGGAUGCCCUUUUCAGUCCCAAGAAUAAUCUUACCAUAAGGGAUGACCCAUCCAGGCUGGGUUUCCAAAGGAACAUACGCAAAUGCGCUCAUUGUAAAAGUGAAUUAAGUUAUGCGAAAGAAGAUAGACCUAGUGGGGUCGCUGGUGAUUAUUGUGCUACUUGCAUAAGUCUUGAGAAGACAUUUCCUAAGCCUAUAUUAAAGAAGAGCACCUGCUCCCUCCCCUCGACGGAAGAUACACAAAAAAGGAAAGAGACCAAACGAAUUCGCUUCAGCGCACAAGUAGAAACAUACUACAUAGACAAAUAUCUGACAGAAGAUUCAGAUUCUUAUGAAAUGCCUUUGGGUGGUGACAAGCGAAAAGGUAUGUAUAAACUGUUUGCAGAAUACAACGUGGCUAAUUCCGAUAUAUUCAGCUACUACAACAUGCGGAACAAUGUGAACACCGUUUUUAGUGACUUCAUGAAUUUGGUUUACGAUUACAAGGACAAAAUUGUGCGUAGGCUUUAG